AUGAUAGAGAAACAGGCUGAGUGCCCAGAUGACUCUCAUGGAGGCGCAAGCUGCAUCCCUAUUGUCUAUAAAAAACUAACCUUCCGGACAGAGGUGCCAAUUGCCUCUCCUCAGAUCCCAGAUCAUCUGAGACCACCGGAUCUCAAAAGACUGGUAUCGCCACACGACUGGUCUCCAUGUCGAAAAGCCUUCAUCACGGGAAUUUCAUGCUCGACAACCAUAUUCUCUGGGUUUGGCGCCAGUUCACUGGGUCCGGCAGAGACUCAGAUGGCGGCCGAGUGGCACGUCAGCGUGGUAGCGCUCGCUGUUGGAAUUAUGCUGUACUGUUUCGGAUUCGCAAUUGCCCCUAUGGUCUUAGCACCGUUCUCUGAGAUCAAUGGAAGAAGACCGGUAUUCAUAGCUACAUCAGUCUUAUUUCUCGCAUGUCAGCUCGGCAACUCCUUUACGCAUUCUUAUGUCGGAAUGCUUCUUGCGCGUUUCUUCGGUGGCAUUGGUGGCUCGGCAUUUUCCUCAAUGGUAGGCGGCAUCAUUGCGGAUAUCUACCAUGCACAGAACAGGAACACGCCCAUGGUGAUAUUUUCAGGUGCAACCCUUUUUGGAAUGGGAUUAGGGCCAAUUAUCUGCGGGCUGAUUGCAAGCAAUACGACGUGGCGCUGGAUAUUCUGGCUACAGACCAUCGCUGCAGGAAUCAUCUGCGUCGUCCUUGUCCUAUUCCUCGGGGAGACGCGAGAAAACGUGGUUCUGCGAAAGAAAGCAAAGAUCCUGAAUAAAUGGUACGAAGACCUCGAGAAAGAAGGUUUCUACAACUUCGAAAACGACACAUACACCCCGAUACGCCUCCGUUGGAAAAUAGCAGCAGACGAGGAGCGCACGGAUCUACUCACCAUGCUGCGAAUCUCUGUCAUUCGGCCCUUCCAGCUUCUUUUCACCGAACCGGUCGUGUUCUUUUUCUCCUUAUGGGCCGCUUUCUGCUGGGGUGUUUUAUACCUCAACAUAGCUGUGAUCCCCUAUGUCUUUGAGCAAAUGUAUCAUUUCUCACUCGUCGACUCAGAAGCCACUUUCACUGCCGUGUGCGUAGCAGCUAUUCUAGGAACCUUCCUAUCGAUCUUCCAGGAGAAUCUAGCGUUGCGACGCAAAGGAUGGAACUCCGUCCCUGAACACCGGCUUUACUUUAGCUGUAUAGAAAGCACACUACUUCCUAUCGGUCUAUUCAUGUUUGGCUGGACGGCAGAAUACCACGUCCAUUGGAUCGUUCCAGCAAUAGCAGCAGCCAUCUCCACGCUGGGGAUCUUCUCCAUUUACCUUGCUGUCUUCAAUUACCUCGCUGACGUCUACCACCGAUACGCGAGCUCUGCCCUCGCGGCGCAGAGCUUCUGCCGCAAUAUUCUCGGCGGGGUCCUCCCACUUGUUUCGAUUCAGAUGUUCAGGAACCUGAAAUAUGGACCUGCGUCGAGUCUUCUGGGCGGAAUUGGGGUCCUCUUGACCGCCGUCCCGUGGAUUCUGGUGCUUUAUGGACCGCGUAUUCGCGCGAAAAGCAAAUUGGCGAGCGAGAUCAUGCUGUAA